AUGUCAGAGGAACACCAACCCGCGCUUCCAACGAUGCCGAUACUUGUUGAACUCCCAGCUUAUGGAUAUUCGUUUACUGUCCACCUGCCUUCCGAGCCCACAUCGACAUCGGCCGCAAGCAGUAACACUGUGCUCUCAAUCAAACACGCUAUUUCUCGUACAUGUCCUGGGAAUCCCCAAGUUGAUGGGCAGAGAAUUAUCUGGCGCGGGAGGGUGUUGGGUGAUGCGGAGAAGGUCGGAGAGUUGUGGCCGGUUGUUGAUGGGUAUGGAGGACAAGGGCUAAAGCGAAUCGUACAUCUGAGCGUGCAUCCGUCGGCGUGGACCGGGAAACCGCCUGUCAUCAGUGCUGCUAGGGAGGUGAGGGAGAGCAAAGAGGUUGGGAGUGAGAAGGGUAAAGGGAAGGAGAAGGAGAUAGUGGCGGAAAGAGAUGAUGUUGUGAACAAGCUACGCGCAGCAGCAGCUGUCACCUUUGAAUCUUCGACUACCACAUCCAAGUCGGCGCCGACAGUUACUACGGCUCCUUCUCCUCCUGCAUUACCCGCGUAUUUGAUAUCCACUCACCGUCAAGCGCUGAGCGCGCUCACUGAUCUCGAGGGCUUUACGCCAGAGGCUUUCACAUCGAGUGACAAUGAAAGGGAAAUUGCUAUUCGAUUUGUUAACGCGCAUGGGUAUUCUUGGCCUGCGACUUUAGACGAGGGGUAUCCUAGUACUGAUGUGAAUAGCGAGAAGGGGGUAAGGUAUGUGAAGGAUGUUAUAGACGGUCGUCCAUAUCUCCGUCUACUCAAUCCAACCGAAACACCUACAGCUGCACAAAAACACGCAUUAAAAGUCCUUUCAUUUACUUUUGAAUUGUUGAAGCUGCCGACUCAACCUUCUCGACACACUUCCUCACCUUCAAUUCCCAACACCACUGCACAACCCAACCAACCUGGUGUCCCUGUUCCGGAAACAACCCCCGCAGUACAAGUUCCCGCACACCUCAAUGCGGUUCUGCAACAAAUGGGCUUACCACCGAUUACCGAGAAUUUACCUCCCGGCGUUGUAAAUGUAAUACAACAACCACAGCAGCAGGUGCCUCAGGCUCAAGGAGGCGUUCAAUUUGACCUUAACCAAUUCUUCAAUGCGAACAACCUCAACAACAACGAUAAUAAUAAUAAUAAUAAUCACCAAAUUCAACAAAUCAAUAUACGUCCUAUUUUACUUCCCCUACUCAUGCUCUCCCUUCGGAUGUUUCUUCUCUUGUACUUUGUAGCGCCCGCGAGGAAACCGUUUCUUAUGCUCCUCGUUCUCGCCUGGGUAGGGUGGGAGAUUUGGGGUUGGAUUGCGGCGCUGGGAGUUAGGGUUGAGGUCGAGAUUGAGCGGGGUCGUAUGGAGGGAGGAGGCGCUGGUGAGAGACCACCAGGAGGUGGUGGUGCGCCUCAACCAGCUCCACCCCCUGCGCAACAGAACGUUGCUGCACAAGCACCACCCGCUGUUCCUGCUGCCAACAACCCACCCGCGCCUGCACCUGCACCCGCAGCUCCUCCAACUCUUCUCGAUAACCUAGCUUCGUUCGGUAUCGCCCAAGACCAAGCAGCGUUAGAGUCUACUCUCCCCCUAGAAACCGAUUCCCCAGAACCCGGAUUCGCACGGAAAGCGCUCUUGUUUCUUGUUCUCUUUUUGAUCAGCGUCCACCCAGCAGUGUGGAACCGCCGCAGGGCGUUGUUGAGAGCGAGAGAGGGACAGGUGAGGGUUGAGAUGGGCGUUUUGGCGGAGGGUGUUGGGGAACAAGAAUCUGGCGCUGCAGACGAUGCCUCCGCAUUAGAGACCACGCGCAGGGCACAGCGCCGUGCGGAGAUGUACGUGAAGUAUAUGAGUCGUCCGGCUUGGGUGAGGAGGUAUAUGCAGAGGGUGAUGAAUGCGCAGGCUGGAGAGGGUGCGUGGGUCGACGAGGCAGAUUGA